AUGCCGAUCCCGCUCCACAAGGCCGCAGAAGAGAAAUACGUCUGCGACAGCGACAACUGCGCGUUCAAAGGUGAGACCGAGUCCUCGGCGGGAGCUCACCCCAAGUUCGGACCACCUCGUCAAGUGCCCCGGCUGCGACUUUGUCUUCUGCAUGGCCACGUACCACCUCACCGACGAGGUAUUGGGCGGGCUGCAGGAGUUGCUGGCGCGGCGGGCCUAUCGGAGGGCGCCUACCCUCGACCCGUCUCUGAGGAGGACGUAUUCGUGUACUCAGCAGGCGAUGGGGUGUCUAUGGAGGGUGGAGGCGGUCGAGCAUGCUUAGAGUAG